GUUCAAACGUAAAAGUACAUCAUCUUAGACAUCAUCCACCUUUUCAAGAGGUCUCAUCGACAACGACUCGUUUCCGACGGCGAAGUAAAUCUCUGCGCCCGUGUAUCUGUGAUCUAAUGUCUUUUAAAUGAGAGAUGAGGGAAACAUACCGGUAAAUGCAGUCUCCAGUAUGGAAAGUAACCAAGUUCCAGAAAGUAUGGAAGCAAUAACAGCUCCUAAACCAGACACCUCAGACCACCCAAAUGAUGAUGAACUGCUGAAUGCCCAACUUCGAAUGUUUGAGAACAUUGCACUAAGCAAUGCCCGCAUCAAGAACCAGCAACGAGAUGAUGUGGAACUAUCAACAAGGGAAAGAAUCAAAAUCCUCUCUGAACAGUUUCACCAUUCUCCUGCAGUAUUCAUUGAAAAUUUCCACCCAUACCUAUGUGAAGACGACCUCAUUUGUUUCAACCCUGUCUCUGAUGUGUAUGAGGUAUCGUUUUACCUCAAGGAAGCUAAGAGGAGACUCGGUGCUGGAAAAAUGUCUGUGGUCGUGAAGAACCGACGUUAUGAAGCGCUCAAGAAAUUGGAGAAGGAGGGGAGUUAUUUAAGUGAUGACGAGAUGAGAGCCAGAGAUCCUCUCAUGUACGAACAGCUUAUUGGACAGUAUCUGACGGAUGAAGAGCGUUUGGAGACUAGGACUAAAAUUGACCAGACAGACUUGAAGUUUUCAACGAUCCUCAUGUCAUUCCUGCAGGAUCAGGAAAUAAAAAAGUUUUACAAGAGACAACAGGAUCAAGAGGAAGGGGCAAAAGAAGAAGAAGAAGAAGAAGAAGAAGAAGAAGAAGAAGAGGACGAAGACAAGGACGAGAAGGAGGAGAAGAAGGCAGAUGUUAAAGGUCAUUCCAAGGGCAUGGAUCAUCCCCUACAAAACAAUGUCGGGAGAGAUGCCAAUGAUGAGGAAGAGGAGGAGGAGGAGGAAGAUGAAAUGAUGGAUGAAGAUGUGGCACCCAUGACUCGGCGCCAACCAACCCCUGCCACGGAAGCAGAGAAGCACCUCCUGCGAGAAGAGUUCCAAAACAUAAUGAGGGAGAGGUUCCUCAGUGGAGGCGAUCAAGACUUUGACUACGGAGCGGUUGACAACAACACGGAGUACGACUCACUGGCGAUUCGUGGAUGGGAUGAGGAAGAGAAGUACUUUGAUGAUGAUGAGGGUGCAGCUGAAGUGGAUGAGGUGUAUAGAAUAAAAGAACGAGGAAACAAAGAAGAUGGCAGUGAUGUGUUACCAUCAAGAACAGACAAUGAGGAAUUGGACGAUUAUGAAAAGUGGACGCCAAAUGAAAAGCCUAUGGAAUGAUAGAGUGCCAUUGCUGCCCAAACUCUUGUCUGUUUACUGAGUAAAAUAUGGGCACCAAAUCUAAAUUUUCAUCAUUGUCAUAUUUGCAACAGAGUCAUCCAAGGAAAUAUUUACAUGUUUUGUGUUUUUACAGCAUCAUCAUGAAGACAGAGAUUCAUUGAGCGACAUCUUCCUUGACAUUAUCCUUUUGCAUAUAUGUCAAAACUCAAUGAAACAGAAACAAAUACAAAAAUCAUCUUCAUAGCCAGCUUCUUCUAUUUUCAUUUAUAUAGUGGGGAUAUUUUCUCUUUACAAAUAUAUUUAUUUUUCAUGUAAACAAUACCCAAUAUGAUCAUAGAGCAUGAGUCAAUGAUUAUUUAGUUGUUUUUUUUCUUUAUCUCUACACCAAUUAGUGAUGGAUUCAUUUGCUCCGGAGAGUCCGGAAUUUCCAUCAGUAUUUAACUCACUCCACUAAAAGAGACAUGCAAUGUAUAUCUUAUUUAAAAAGUUAAAUAGUAUCUCCCUAAUGAACAUACUUCCCUGAGGAAUAAACCCUCCAUUGUGUAAGUUUUGGUAAGUGGCAAAGUUUCUCAACUAUCAGAUUUUGAUGGUGAAAUGCAUGGAGGAUUUUAAACAAACCCUUUUUUCAAAUAAAAUAUGUGUUCAGGAAGUAAGCAGAUUUGCUCCAGUUUUAACCAUCAAAGAGGCAACUGUGUCUGCCUGGUAUUCACAGGAUAUCGAGGAUAGCAAAGAUUCUUAAACAGCUCAAAUGCAUUCAUGUUCACCCUAUUUUAUAUUGCACAUGGACCAGGGAUGGUGGUGCAGAAAGGACUGGAUUGCCUAUUUGAUUCCUUUGUUUACAGAGAAUCUGUGCUUAGCUCAGUGUGGUGUGAUUUUAACACCUGGGCCCCGGUUUCAUAAAACAUGUUAUCAAUACAAAUGCUAAAUUUCUUAUUUUCUAUGAUAAAUUUACUCUCAGCCAAACAGAUGCCACAAUUUCAGUAGCUUAUAACAGUUAUUGUAACUUGUUAAUAUGGUAUCAAUUUUUUUAUGAAACAGUGCCCCACAUUGUAUUCCUCAUAGAUCUUAUAUCAUAUGUUGAGAGCCAGAAGGAUGUUGACUGUGUUGAAUGAUAUUAGUCGACGCCCUCCUGACUCUCUCAGUGGAUGAAAUGGUACUCUGAGUGAUUAAUAUGUAAAAGUGUGAAGACAAAACAAUAUUUUAAGUCGGAAGAUCACUGGCUUGAACUCUCCUUUGGGCUUCCUGUUAAACUUUCCCCAGCUAAAGGGUAUACCCUUAUUUUGGUCCCAUAUUUGUACUUGUAGAAUGAUCUAUUAGUAUUAACAAUGGCAUAUUUUUGUGAGAUGACAUAUACUUUCAUACACUCCAAAAGUCUGUGUCUUAUAAUACAUACAUGUAGUUAGUAUUACCAUUAUUGGCUUCGGUUAAUUAAACAUUAAAUGUAUUUUGCCCCUUUAUACUGAUGCAUAUGACCUAAAUAUGUACCAUGCUCCUUGACAUACAUUCAAUUUAGAUAAUUAGAGAAUUCCAACUUCCUAGAGAUUGAUGUAAUAUUAGGACUUGGCCAGCCUCUUGAGAAAUUGUAUGCAUUCCAAUCUGGGGAUGGAUGGGCAUGGGAGGCAUGUGUCCUCCCCCUCCCCCAUCAAAUCAAAUAGCUCUAAUAAAGGAAAAAGAAAUUAUGCCAGUGCCCCUAUUUGCUUUUUCAUCGAUGGAUAUGAUAUUUGCUCAAGAUGUAAAAUCUAUUACAUUUCUUACAAUAAAUACUUGAUAAAAUGAUGACAAUGAUAUCUCUUUCUUCUAUCUCAUUUCAAAUACAACUUACAGCAAAUGCUAUGGGCGAAGACAAAAUAAUCACACACUGAAACAAGACUUAUAUACAAAAAUGUGAUAGUAAAUUUUAUUUUCCCCCAAAAUGAGACCUAGGCAAUAUUUUUAAUAGUUAAAUAGUUCAUGUGCAAGACUAGGCAGUGUCAUCCAUGUAUUAACAUAUGUAAUAUAUGACCCUAUUGAACAUUUCUAGGUUAAAAUUCACAUCUAGUACUAAGCAACUAUUACUAUUCCAAAUAAACAGCAAAGAAAGUUACAAACAAAACUGCCCUGGCAGCAACUUGUACAAACAAAAAUGUUCAUUAUUCCUUGAGCAGUUAUACUUUGUAUUUUAUAAGUUGACUGUACGUCAAGAACACCUGUUCCACAGAAACACUUGGAUUUAAAAAAUAUUGUUCUUAUUCUUCCUCUUCAGCAUUCCAACCAAUAUUUAAUGGUAUUUUAAAUGUAAACUUAUGAAAUGUACAUUAUAGUGAAAUGAAACAUGUAGCAAAAGUGCAGCCCUCCCUCUCUUGUCAUAAGCAUGUCAGAUAAACAAGGUGCACAUCACUUUCCAAAUUACUGCACUAUCAAGUCAUAUGUAAUAUUCUACAUGUAAGACACACAUUUGUUCAUUGUUGUAAGGAAUUCAACUCAAAAGUAGGAAACCACUAUUCAAUAACAGUUUUAUUUUUAUUUUGUGUACGGUAUAUAUUCAAAAGCAUAUAUGAAAUGUCUUGGAACAUAUUACAGCCAUAAUGACUCAAAAUAAUAUAUCACACAGAUUUGUUCUAACACUUCAUUUUCUUUUAAUCUCAUAUGGAGCUCAAAACAGUUUUAAAAAGAAAAGAAAAGAAACAUCGCCUUAUUAUUGUAGAAAAAUGGGACCGUCUACAAACCAACUUCCUACAUCCAGUAGAUUUCUUCUUAAAGCAGAUUACACACAUGGUACAUGUAAAAUCGAAGAUAUUUCAUAAUCCAAAUUCCAGCACUGAAUUGCACAAAAUUCAAAUACAUGAUAAAUAUAGCAAUCAUUCUCUUGACCGUCUCCAUCAAUUUGAUCUGAACUUUCAAAUGUAGCUUUAAAACUUGAAAGAUAGCCCAUACACAAUGCAAACAUAGGCUCAUGAAACCCCAACAAAUGCAAUGAUAUCGUAGUGAUAAUGUGUUCAAUUUAUAAUAACUCUUCAAGGUGCGUUAUCUUUAUAGCGCUUAAUACAUCUACGAUGUCUCUAGGCGCUUUAGAGAUAUACUAGCAACCCUGUCAUUGGAUUUCAAUACUUGCCCGCACACACUGUGUGCACAAUCUCCAAAAUCAAUGAUUAGGCCCUAGAAAGCUACACACAGGGUUAUAUAUUUCACCUUAUUUCAUCUCUUCCUUUCCAUUAAAAAAAUAUACCUUUUGAGAUUGAGCCCAGUCACGAUACCCUGAGACAGUCAUGAUGAGACAAUCAUAAAAACUUUAAACAGCCUAGAAAAAAAUACAACUUUAACAUCACUGUGUGUGUACAUGAACGUCAAGAUGCAAUACCGUG